AUGCCUUCUAAGCUGUUCUCGCAACUUCAACUUCCUGUGCCAACUCAGGAGAGGGGAAGAAGGAACUCUUGGCGCGAGAAGUUGAGAUGGCCCUCCAGAUCUAGGGAAUCAUCCCGAAGUCGACCUCCACGAGAACAAUCUCCUGACUCAGAGUCAUCAGAAAGACAUGUUGCUGUCUCCGGCCACAAUGAAGAUGCGCCUAUUCUGGUGGCGUCCAGCCCGCCAAUCUCAUCAAGCGCAUCCCUUACCGAAACUCCCAUUACCAUCAUCAAGGACGACAAAGCUACAGCGGGAUCUACAGAUUUAUGGAGCUCGGCGUACCUCGAGGCACUCUACAGUUUCGGGGAUGAAGUGAAGAGCGUUAUCUUGAAAGGCGAGAGGAUUGAGACGCUCCUGACAAGCUUGCAACAGACCAACAAAGAACUUGCGGGCGAUUCACUGUUCUGGCGAGGACUGCGGAGAUUGCAGGGCCCGCUCAAGACCUUCAAAUUGGCCUUGGACAUGGCCAGUCCCAUUGCGAGUGCCCAGCUCACCGCAUCAACGGCCGUUGGAGUUGUGAGCUGCGUAACUACGAUUGCUAUUGCCGUAUGUGGAGCUGAAGACUCGCUCAAUACUCAGAUCAUCAGCAUGCUGGAACAUGUCGCUAUUAUCGACGAUUGUGAUACACUCGGUCAGAAGUUAGAUGUCGAGAACGGUAUUCAUAAGGCUCUCGUCCCCGUGUACAAGGAUCUCUUGAGCUUUUACAUUGCCGCAUUGGACAUAUUGACCAGCAAGGCGUUUGUGGUUGCACUCGUAUGUGACCAGCUUAGCCAGCGCCUACCGACAAUUGUCUCAGACUUUGUCAAGCACGCCGCUCUUCUGCGUGACAGGAUCGGGAACGCAACACUGGAGCUUGUCACGGAUAUCAAGAAGCUGCUCCAGGACAAUAAGAUUCAAAAGCUACUGGGCGUCAACAAAGACAAACAACGGAGUGAGUUCCACUCUGAUCUUCGCGCACUUCGAGCCAGUGACGCUUGCAAAUGGAUACUCGCGGAUCCCAAGUUCGUCGAAUGGUACAAUGCUCCGACUUCGGCCCAAUUGGUCGUCUUUGGGCACAUGGGAUGCGGUAAAACUGUCAUUACAGCACAUGUCAUUGAGGAGUUGAUCCGCCUAAACAACCACAGGUUACCUCGUCCUGUCAUAUGCUACCAUUACUGCGGAAACGACGAAAGAGGAACGGCACUGUACAUCUACUCGAGUCUGAUCCUGCAAUUGCUCGAUCAGCAAGAAGGCCUCAAGGUCGAGUUCGACAGGUGGUACGACAGGACCAAGGAAUCAGAACGGUUGGAUCCGGCACAGUGCUCCGCGGACCUGGGGAAGUUCUUGUCUGCCUGUGUCAAGAAUCUCGACAGAGAACUGGUUGUCGUCAUUGACGCGCUGGACGAGUGCGACAGCGAUUCACGGGACGAGUUGAUCAUGCUGCUCGACAGCCUCUCAAAUGAGACGCAGAGACUGAAAGUCUUCCUCUCGUCUCGGCCGGACGAAGAAAUCGAAGGUUCUCUGCGGCGAGCCUCACGAAUUCGCUGGAGUCCUAGUCGGGACCGUGAUGCAAUCAUCGUGGAACACACUGUAAAGCGGUAUCUCAAGAAUUCCCCUCCAGACAUUCAGUCCCUUGUGACCCAAAGGCUUUCCGAGUUGGCACAGGGAAGCGCAAUUUGGGUCAAACUUACGGUCCAAGUUAUCCAGAAGCGCAGGAUAAGGGCCCUGGGUCCCAUGAAAACUUUCUUGGCUGAUAUUCCUUCUCCGACGGAGCUCUCGCAGCUGUACAGCAAAUUGUUUGCGUAUGCAACUGGAAACGACCCUGCCAAUGCGCAAGUCGCCGCGAGCGCACUGCAGACUCUGGCAGUGGCUCGAAGACCACUAAGCAUAAUGGAGUUGGGUUGGGCUGUAGCGUUGAACGAUGCUGGCACAGACAUCCGGACCGUGUCGCAGCUCGAAGCCUUGGUGGACGAAAGAAGAGUCCUGAACCUGCUGCAACCCUUCUUAUCUCAGGUCGACUUCGAGGAUGACAGAAAAAGACAGGUUACACUUGUGCAUCAAUCCUUGAAGGAGCUGAUUCUGCGAGAUGGCCCUUCUCAUUGGACCCGGUCGCAAGACACUGACGGGAAGUCAUCGACCGAUGAGCAACGCAUCCAUCUACGACCGUCCAAACUGGAAGCAAAUCUUCUACGCGUAUGCGUCAAAUACCUUCUCCUUGAUGAGUUUAAUGAGAACAACCUUUUCUCCGACGAACAAGAAACAAUCCAAAGCCUCGAGGAGAUGCCCGGCUUCGCAUCAUUUGACCUUUCCAGCGAUGAUGUCCCGCCACCUGUCCCAUCUACCGCCAGUCCAGUUCUCAAAGACGAGGAAGAGGCCAAAGAGGCCAAAGAGAUCUACUACGACCCUGCAGAACGUGGUUUCGGGGAAUUCUACGUCUACGCAUCUUGCUUCUGGUUAGAUCACUUCAAAGUGGGUACACCAGAUCUUUUGCCCGACAUUUCGGAUAUCGUUAAGCUCUGCAAAGCAGGCUCGAAAAGGCUACAAAACUGGAUUGGGCAAAUGUGCCGCCCGGACUGCACGGUCACGCCAAAGUUCGAUUAUGACAGCCUCUCCCAGGACCCGCUCACCGUUGUCUCAUUGCACGGGCCGGAGAUCGCACUGAAAAUGCUCCUGGAAGACGACAAGAUCGAUCUCGGAAGCAAGGAAUUUCUGGUCGACUCUGUCAGGCAAGCCGUCAAGCAAAUUAUCCAGUGGGGCGACAUCUCCCGACUGUCGAUCCUCUUUCGGGAUGCUCGAGUCGGCCCAGGGAUUCGAAACAUCGGGAUCUUUCACCAGAUGAUGACGCAGUGGGCUUCCUCGGACAAGGAAUCGCGACCAUGGGCAGGCUCCUUUGAUCUUGUCUUCGAGAUUUGCGAUGAUUCCUUGGUCCGGGGAAAGUGGGGCAACGAACUCCUGUGCCUGGCCGUGAGCUGUGGUUGUCUCCCAAUGGUCAAAAGACUCUUCGAAGAGGCGGCUCGGAACCCGGCCAUGAGAAACGAAAUUCUGCGAGAUGUACGACGAGACAUUAGGCCUCCGGAUUAUCACCAGUCGGUUGGCGAAGCGGUCUGGUACAACCACAUCGAAAUCCUUCGUUACCUGCUGGAACAAGAAGGCAUCGAGCUCCAUCUUCGGCAUCGCGACUCUGAUGGAUACAACGUCAUCCAUAGGGCAGCGCGCUGGUGCAACCCCGAGGUGGUGUCCGUCCUCAUUUCACACUUCCCGGAAGGUGUAAAUCAAAGCAACAAGCAUGGCGACACACCAUUACACCUGGUGGUUUUUGGGGCCCAAGGGAUGGUCGGCCGGCUGGAGUCAGCAAAGAUCUUGUUGACAGAGGGUCAUGCGGACGUGAGAGGAGGGCACACGGGUGAGCUGAGCAGCUGGGGAGAACCACUUCGAAUGGCUGCAAGGUACGGCGACGCAGCGAUGUGCUGUGUUUUAGUGGAAGUUGGUGGUGCCGAUCCUCGAAGCGUGCUGAAAGUCGAGAAUGGGCGCCCUGAGUUGAUGGACCCUGUGGAUUUCAAGGAACUAGCGCCCAAAGUUUUGGAAACUCUGUGCUCGCUUGCCGGCAUGGCUUGCUAG